UCGGGGAUGUCUGUGGGCUUCUGGUGAGAGACAGAACGACACUGCUGUCUUUCAGUCUGUGAGUGUGUGUCGCGUUUCCCCGCGCGCUCUGCUCAGAGGUAUUGUGCAUCCUCCUCGUGCUCGCGCUCCCGGUGAUGCAGCAGCAGCAGGCGGCUCCGCGCGUGCUGAAGGAGGGCGUGCUGGAGAAGCGCAGUGAUGGUCUGCUGCAGAUGUGGAAGAGGAAACAUUGCACGCUCACGGAGGAAGCCGUGCUCCUGCACACGCACCAGCACGCGCAGCCGGCGGCGAAGGGCAAAGAGCUGCACUUCUCGCGUGUGAAGACCGUGGACUGCGUGGAGCGGAAAGGCAAACACGGGUAUUUCACCGUGGUGAUGGCGAACGGGAAGGAAAUCGACUUCCGGUGCCGGGCGGAUGAGGGAUGGAGCGCGGAGAUCACUCUGCAGAUGGUGCAGUAUAAAAACCGGCAGGCAGUGCUCGCGGUGCGCUCCACGCGCCACAAACAGCAGCGCCUCGUCAUCAGCAAACCGGAAACAGAGCUCACCGUACCGGCGGGGGAGAGCCGCGCGCACAGCGGUUAAACAGUCAUCAACUUGACAGACAGACAAACCGAGAUGACACACAGACUCCAGCUGUGAAAAUGACCUCCAGCCUUCAUGUGUGUGUGUGUGUGUGUGUGUGUGUGUGUGUGUGUGUGUGUGUGUGUGUGUGUGUGUGUGUGUAAAUCAGCAGCUUCCAUAUUCAUCAGGCCAAAGACACACUGUUUCUCCACCCAACUUCUCCAGCAUCUCUACCGAACACUUCACGUCAGUGUACGAUGUCACGCUGUAUGGAGUUUGAUGUGAUGUGUGAGGAUAAUUAUUACGGCCUUGUAUUGCUGAUGAAAGACUCCAGACGUGCGUGUGUACGUGUUUCAUUUGCAGUUGUUAAAGUUGCUUUCAUAAAUAAACAAUCCAUUUCAAGCACA